UCAGGGGCGGAGUCGCUGCCUGCUGGUGUCACGGUUGCUGUUAGGGAGCUGACCUCUCCGGCCCAUGGGGGAGACUGUGAGAACGCCAACAACAUGUCCGCCUCGCUUGUGAGGGCGACCAUUAAGGCGGUCAGUAAAAGGAGGCUGCUGCAGGCCACCCGGGCGGCUCUUACCCUGACACCAUCUGCUGUGAAUAAAGUAAAGCAGCUGCUAAAAGACAAGCCUGACCAUGUUGGUCUUAAAGUGGCUGUUCGUACAAGAGGCUGCAAUGGCUUGUCCUAUUACCUAGAAUAUGCAAAGUCAAAGGGGGUGUCAGACGAGGAAGUCGUUCAAGAUGGAGUGAGAGUGUUCAUAGAGAAGAAGGCUCAGCUAACUCUUUUAGGAACAGAAAUGGACUAUGUAGAAGACAAACUUUCCAGUGAGUUUGUAUUUAAUAACCCAAACAUUAAAGGAACGUGUGGUUGCGGAGAAAGCUUCAACAUCUAAUGCAAAGGCACUCAAGUCAAGGUCUCAGAAAAUGCUUUGCAUCAUCGAGCAUUGUACAGCACUUUGUUUUAGCUCAGUCUUUCAUUUGACCCAAUAAAUUUUUGAAUUGUUUUGUGAACUAAAACCCAUUUAUAUGACAGAUCAUUUGUUACUCGCUGCCUUUUAUUUUUCCGUCCUUUUGUGCUGGCUGUAUUUUUGAAGCAAUUAUCUCUGGUUAAAUGAUUUAGUGCCUCUUUACAAAAAAAAAAAAGAUAAAACUAUACUGAAUAAACAUACACAUGUUCUAGGUCACUUUUCUUAGCAACGGUGUAUUCUCGUGCUGCAUCACUAGGUGGCGCCAACACACAUUUUGCUUUUGUUUCAGCUGACCAUGGACCUAAACAUAAAGACUGACAGCCCACCAAACUGUCUUAUGUGGGCCCUCCUGCCUAUCCCCUGACAGAUGUUGAUCCUUUUAUUCUCUGGGUGUCUGGCAGCAACUUAUUCCUAUCUCUCCCCAUUGACAAGACGUGUAUUCUUGGCCGAGCCAAGUGUGCAUGUGUAUGGAGAAGUCAGGAGGAAUAUGGGUGCUGUAAUGUACUGCUGAAGAUUAUCUAACGUAUAGAAUGUACAUGAGAUCUUAGGUCUUUGGUGACUGCUGAUAUGUGGUGUCCCAUAGUACAUCCUGGGAUAUAAGCUUUUUCCUGCCAUAUUGUAUCUUUUACAGGCAAAUGCGUUGUGCAAAAUCUACAUAUAAACUUAUAUGGUGCCGUUUGUAUGCAGCUAACUAUUUCAUACCCUGUAUAUCUAGCAUACUUCAGUAUUGCCUUUAACUUUCUUUCCAUUAUAUUCUAGUCUAGGGGCUUAACAAGAGCUCCCUUUUCCUUCACCAUGCCACUUUCUAAAGCACUCUCCAUGUCACUAGGUUCCUCGAGCAGAAAUGUCAUGAUUUUUUUUUUUUUUACACAAAUGUCCAUAGAGUGACUGCAUAGAUCAUGCACGUCAUGCUUGUGGCUCUCCAGCUGUU